ACCAGGCAAGUGAAGUCCACCUGGAUAUGCAUUACCCCUCCGUCCUAGUGUGGUGCUUCUGUGGUCGUCAGGAGACAGAGUCGUGCAGUGACUAGGAAGCAGAGUUCUGUGAUCACCAGGAGACAACACCGUAUAUUCACCAGGAGACAACACCGUCUGAUGAACAGGCAGGAACAAUGAGGGCAGUGUGGUGGUCACUGGUGUUGGUGCUGACGGUGUCGUCGUCAUUCUCCCACGCACAAGAGGACGACGGAGAUGAUGGUAAAUUGAACCUGUACUUGAAGGGUGGAUCAAACUCCAUCGAUGUCUUUUGGGACGAGGUGCCAAACACAACCGUCUACACACUCAGUUGGACUCCCUCGAGCAAUUCAGUUAACCGCACUGAUAACAGCAAAUAUAAAAUCCAGAGCCUCAGCCCGUGUACAAAUUACACGGUUACUCUCGUGGCUAUAAGUGAAAACUCAACGGUCUUGGCCAGUGAAACGAAGUGCAAGACAUUGAGUAAAGAAAACUCGAACGCUGUGAAAAAUAUGGCUGUGAAUAGUGUAGAAGGUAACAUAACAAUACUGCUUGCAUCGUGGACGCCGCCAGAGAGACCCGGGAACUGUACAGUGUAUUACAGAAUUACAUGGAGUGCUAUUGGAUUCGUCAAUACAACACAAACUGACGAGAAACCUGAAAUAUCUAAUUACACCAUCACCGGUCUGAAAGGAUGCACCCAAUACAACGUAUCUGUUGUUACCAGGACCGAUACCAGUUACUCAAAUCCAAGACAUAGUUCUAAUAACACCAACGGGCGUGAACCAGGAAAGCCAAGUUUAAAGCAGACGAGUGCAGAUAAACACAGCAUCACAAUGAAGUGGACAAAGCCAGAAUCAAUCUGUGCUAUCACCUUGUACCAACUGAUCUACGAUGACAAGAUACAGAACUUCAGUAGCGGAAAGCGAUAUUACACAGCUACAAGACUGUCUCAACACAGUAAAUACACAUUUAAAUUGAAGGCAAACAACGACGCCGGGUUUGGUGAGGCCGCUAUACUCGACACAAUGACUACUGGGGUGGAUCCGGUAGCGGUGGGAGUCGGUGUUGGUGUCUCGGUGGGAGUGGUGUUGCUGGCGGUGGGUAUAGCCGGGUAUAUCUACAGGGACAAGAUUAAGAACCGGUGUAUGUGAGAGAACAUAUUAGACAAAAGCUGCCAAAGAUCUCCGUAACGGGGAAACUGAGGUAAACUUUUAUUGCAACUGAUUAUUAUUAGGAACAAAAAAAGCCGCUAUUACCAACAGGCAGCAUCAUAUAUAUUGUAGUUGAUUAUAUUACCGUGUACUUAUAUAAUUAUCUGGGCGUAUGUCCCCCUUUACACCCGGGGUACCCCAAGCAGAUCCUGAUGUGAAUGGGUACGUAGCUUAAUAGUAAGGCGAGUGAAGGGUGGUAGUGUUUAUUGUUUGGUGUUCCAGUGUGCUGUAUCCAAACUGCCUCUCAUAGUGUUUCAGGCAAAUGGGAAUUGUUUUUGUUUUUGUAUUUUCAUCCUUCAUGUUUACUAUUUUUUGUAUUACUUCUUUCACUAAAUUGUUAAGGUCUUGUCUCAUUGCUGGUGUUGAAAAUAGGAUAUUUUUCCUUACAUAACUUGUUAAGUAUAUUAGUUAAGUAUCUAUAUCACUAAUCAAUGUUUUUAAUUAUUACUUAUGGAAUUACUUAAUAAUUUUAGUAAGUACUAGUUAAUUACUUUAGCUAUUUAUAUUUAAUUACGUUAGUUAGGACAAAAUUUCAAUUAUAUUUAAUUAAUUACAACUUAAAUUUUAAGUUAAAUAUAUCAGUUAAUUAUUUUAGUUAUUACCUGUAACUCUCGUUAAUUACAUUAUGUAUGAUCUAGAUUACUCAUUGAUUACUUUAACCAUAACUCCAAAUUAUACUGAAUUACACCACACAUGACUUGUACUACUGAUUUAUUACAUUUGUUAUAAUCUGCAUUACAGGCUGAUUACAUAAGAUAUGAAGUGUUAUCCAUGUUAUUUACGUAACUUAUGAGUUGUACGGCACUAUAAGGUAAUUACACUAGUUGUUACUUGCACUACCAGCUAAUUAUAUUAUCUGACCCCAAAAUAUAGUAAUGCUGGUGGGAGACAUACAUACAUACAUACAGCAUAUAUUUAUAGAGUAUUAUUGUUUGCAUAUUGUUAGUAGCUAAAAGAAGUAUCUGACAGGGUGGGGUCUGAUGUCUCGGGAGGGUUGGUAUGCGUGUCUUCGCCCACCGCCAUUCAACAUCCAACACAGGGGGUGAGCUCACAUAUAGGAAUAAAAUAAACGGUUAAGGGAUUACUGUCACAUAAUAUAAGGAGACAACACGAAUAUCCCAAUACCUAUAGUCCGUGGCCUCAUAUUGUUUCACACAGAGUAUGCAAAGAUACUUUUUUUUAGCUACUGUUCAUCGCUAACAAAAGUACUGUCGUCUCACCUGCCUCUUCAUGAACCCAGAGAUUCACAGGUCUCUGAAUCUCUGGGUUCAUGAAGAGCCGACAGGACUUUUGUUAGCGAGUGUACAGUGCUCACUUAAUGGCCUUGUUUUUUAUUGUACGGAAAUAAACAAGAGAAUUUU